AUGUGCGUCCUGGGUGGAAAACGAGACUUCAGAAGCGAUGGCUUUCCAUCAAAGCGAAACAGUCAUAUUCUCAGUGAAAUCUUGGCCUUUCAGUAACGUAAACUGGAACAGAUGCCCAUCAAGUUGGACAGCUUUUUUCUACUAAUAACAUAAUAACUUAAUGUAGUUAUUUGAAAUGGCUCCAUUGCUGCUAUUGUUUGUGACAUUUUACAGAGGGAAGAGGAAAGAAACAGUCAAGCAGUCAGUUGAGUUCGUUCUAAUUUGAGCUCUUUCCAAAAGCAGGGAAAGACGGUUCUUCUCUGUAACCUUUUGCAUUUUUGAUCUUUUUAGUGUAUUGCUUUUUCUGACCUGCUUCUGCACAGCACAGGGCUGGCCUCCGUGGAGCGCGGGCUGUGUGCUAACAGGGCCGGCGGUGCCUGGGAGGCAGGGAGGAAGUUGUCUGCGGUCUCUGCUGAGCGACAGAAAGGUGCAGGUUGCGCGCCUCCCUGUUCAGUGUCGCUCGGCUCCUGGGGCACGGCCACCUCUCCGUGAUUUACGCCCGGGCACUUGCAGCACCCUCUCUGAACCACGCUGACCCGCUGAAGGAAAAGAUUGAACCUCAUUAACAUUUUGAAUGAUUAAUGGUCCGAAUGAUGGACUUGAAGGAGUUUGGCAGUUUAGGGUAAUGCUCUACGGACCUUUAUGGCUGGUCGGUUCUUGGUGUUACACCUCAGUUUUUGGAUUUAAAAUCACUAUAAUAAUCAUUUGAGUAUCUUCCACUGGUUUCCUGGUCAAAGAGGUGUCUUGGGAAAGUGGGAAAUCUGCCGACAGCAGUUCAGUUUUCACUUUGCAAUUAACAACUCCCCAUCCACCACCCCUCAGUCCUGAUAUUCCCAAGAUGCCUCGGUCUUUCCUGGUCAAGAGUAAGAAGGGGGGUUGUCAUGGCCCCCGCUCCACAGAGGAUGCUCCGCGUUGCCACUCUGUUGGACCAAAGCCAGAGGCACAACCGCUACCAGCCUCGUCCCCUGGGGAUGCUGCGUCACAGUGCCGAGAGGCACCCUCCGCCCCGCCCCCGACCCCUCAGCUUCUACCCCAACUGUCGCUCCCCACCUCAGGCGUCAGCACGCCACUCCCUUGGUCUCCAGACCAUUCGGACCAUGACGCCAUGUCCUCCCCGAUGAUGCUGCCCUCGCCAUCGCUGCUGUGGUCGCCGCUGUGCUCAGGAGACCUUCGACAAGAGCCCGAACUGGAGAGGCUGCUGCACACCAUCCUGAACCACAAGCAGGGGGAGCGAGAACACAGACAGGAACCCGAGGGUCUUGGCAGCCUCAAGUCUCCCAUCUACAAGUGUCCUGCGUGUGGCAAGUCAUUCCCCUCUGUCUCAAAUCUGGAAACACACAUGCUGUGGUCACACGGCAGCAAGCUGGCCAUCCCUUUGGCCACCUACACCAAGGCCGCUGUGCAGCCCAGCAACUUCAGGACCCAGGAUGGUCUGCAUGGCAGAGUGAAGGAGCGGAGUUUCACCUGUAAGGUGUGUGGCAAGGUGUUCAAGCGCUCGUCCACGCUGUCCACCCACCUGCUGAUUCACUCCAACACGAGACCCUACCCCUGCCAGUACUGCAACAAGAGGUUCCAUCAGAAGUCUGACAUGAAGAAACAUACCUUCAUUCACACCGGUGAGAAGCCCCACGUGUGUCAGGUGUGUGGAAAGGCCUUCAGCCAGAGCUCCAACCUCAUCACCCACAGCCGCAAGCACGACGGCUAUCGGCCCUUCAGCUGCCCCAGCUGCCACCGUGGUUUUCAGCGCAAGGUGGACCUGCGGCGCCACCAGGAGGUGCACUGUGGGUACAGCACCAUGUACACCCCACUCUAAGGGAAUACAGUACACCCCACUCUUGGGCGGAGGGAGCAUCACCUCAAUUUUACACAUAUGUAAACGGUACCAUCACUCGCUGAGUGCGGCAUUAAAAAUACCGGGGUUAUGCCUCUCAUUUUCAGACACUGUGCAUAGUUACCCUGCGCGAUGCCUAUUACACACACAGGGUACAGACAGAGUAUUUGCAUUUUGCAAAGUCUUGCUCCAAAAAUGUUUUAUAAAUAAAUAUGUGAACAAUCUUCAACCCAGUGGAACACCAAGCAGUAUGUUUACACUUUGUGGUCAGUGCAGAUCUUUCCAUAGGAGCCCAGGAAAAAAAGAACUCACUGUAUGGCCAGCGCUAGACCUUCCUAAUGUAGCGACGCACACAAAUUUUACUUCACAAAGAGCCCGGCGUUCAGAGAACUCAUUGGCACGGGAGGACGCCACUGAAAGUGCCAGAUGGCCUAUUUAUAGAACGCUUGUAUUGGCAUAUUUGAUGGCUCAUCAUGUCACGCAAGCCCUCUGACUUUAUAAACUUUCCACCUUUGGCAUACUGAUAUGACAGCGCCGCGUACAUGCAGAACAAAACCGAAACCACAAUGGUGGGCCUUGCCCUUCCGACACUGUUUCGGUGAGAAUGGCUGUUCAGGAGGUUCACAAACGGUCAGUCAUUCCCAGAAUGUCUCGGUCAUGCUGCACUCGCUCUACUUUUACUUUUUACUGUUCACAAUUGUGUACCUUCCAGCAUUCAGAAAUAUAUAUUUUUCAUAAAUGUUAACGCUAACUGGGUUGAAAGACUGGUUCACAUUCAUUGCUUUUAGUGACUGCUGUUUUACUGUUUUUCUUUUUGUGUGGCCAUUGCCUGUAAUUAAAUUGUAUAGACAUUAAACUCUUAACACUGCUUUUCCAUACUGAAACGUCAAAAAACUUGACAUUGAAAUCAAUUGCCAACUGUCAUGAACCUUCAACAAGUAAAAUAUGAAUAAUGAACAGAUGCUGGAGGCCCUGGGACACUGGAAACAGUGCAGUGCACUCAUCUCGGCAUGCGAUUUUUACUUUAUGUAGCAGGCACUUCUCCAAAGCCACUUUCAAUAAACACUAUAGUGUUAUCAGCCCGCACACCUUAUUCGCCCCAGAUGAUUUACUCUGCUCUAUACACUUCUUAUAAUGGGCCACUCAUCCAUACAUCAGUGAAACGCUGUCACGCACAGACUGAGCGGGGAUCGAACCCACGUCCUCGUGUGAGACAACAGCGCUGUGCUUUCUAUACCACAUGCCCCUAAUUUCUGGAAUACAGAACCACUCAGUUCUGUGUCCAACUAGAUUUAACCACAUAAUCAUAACAAGCAAGCCUAGCAAAGUAUACAUAGACUUAAUAUGGGUGGAUCACUAAUCUACAAUUUUUACUUGAUUCACGGCAACUUAUAAUACUAGGGUUUGUACACUAAGAUAUUCACAAUUAUUUACACAGCAGGGUAACUUUUACCGUAUCAGUGCAGAGGGUCCUUUGAGUGCAAAGUAACAGCUCGAACCACCACCCCACCUAACAUUCAAGCCACUCAAUCAGGGUUUUUAGUAGCUAAUUUAAAUGCCCUCCUGCAUAAAAUGCUCUGGGUUGUGGGACAAAAUGCACUGUGUACUCCAGAGACAGUGCAGGUCUCUACCUAUUACACUCCUCACAUUGCACAGAAAUGACGACCAAAAAACACUUUUGGACUUUAAAUUUAAUUUUAAUUUUUUAAAUGUUUUGAUUUUUUUCCAAAAAAUCCUGAGGUAUUCACAAUAUAAUGGCAUUUACUUUGAAAUAUACCAGGGAAAAAAUAAAAUCAAUGAAUGAACAAGCUGUACAGAUUGAAAGAACUGUGAGGACAAACCAGAUGUCUACAUGGAGGUUUAUAACGCAGAUGCUUUAUGAACAUUUUCCUCUUUGUUAGUUUCAACAUAAUUCAUGCAAUUAAUUGACUGGUUCUAGUGCAACCGUCCCAUGGUACUAACAAUAGCGCCACUCCCUGCCCACCCCGCUACACCGAGGAUGCACAAAGACUGCAGGCGGAAAGCAUCGGGUCCUCCUACACGCUACAGCGCAGUAUAAAUAUGAGCCAAGCCAACCAGCUACCUUAAAAACAAGGAAGUGAUUCCGAUUCGGUCGGUAAGCGUUGCUGCUGUUGGCACUGUGCGGUGGUGCUGGGGCACAAACGACACAGGGGCCGACAAAUUCAACGGGUGCAGCGUGUGCAUUUCUGUGGAGGGAUCCGCUCAUUACUACAGCAAACAAAUACGAUCUGGAAUAUUGAGACAGGCGAAUGGAUGGAUUAGGCGUCUCGUCAACUGCUUCCCUGCGCGUUUCUCAAAGAAGGGAACCGUAAAUGUCACACUGCGCUGCUGCCUGUCCUCCUGGCACACUGGAAACACGAGGGAUCGAUGGAUACGGGGAAAGCAGCAGGUCACAGAGCAGUGAACCAAAGACGGAAAAUGAGAAGAAGGUCCGAUCUGAGGUUGAAGACCGCUGCAUCGGCGGAGGGUCAAGGAUCUCCGAAACCCGUCACGAGAGCCACCCUAGCAAAGUGCAACCAGCUGAACGUAUCUCGAUGAGCAACGUUAGGAAGGUGGUUUCUAUCAAUUUUAUAUAUGACGUGUGCUUGUGUCCAUCCACAUGCAUUUACAUUUUUUUGAUGAAGACAUUUGGUUUCCACCCAACAACAAUGCCAACAACAACAACGGGGGGGGGGGAGAGAAGGGGGGAAAAAAAAAAAAAAAAAAAAAAAACUUUUAUGUUACAGUGAGCUUUACUCUGCUUUAAAAACACAGAGCACCUACAGCCAAAAGUAAAACAGCUUAUUGGAUUACUGGAACGGCAUCAGUGAGUUCAGCAAUUUUGAUCAUGAAAACAAAUAAAUAAAAUCAGUCCAUGCUGCCCGGGGCAAGAGUUUUACAGCAAGUGAGGCGCAGAAAGAAAAGCUGGUGAACACAGCUUCGCUUUCCAUGACUCCUGACUGCUGCCCCAGCGCUUUAUCAAUCAUGACAGUUCCCAAAACAAGAUGCUUUCUUCUCCGAAACAGCUCAGUACAGCAAUGAGAAAAACUAUGCACAAAGGAGGCUGAUCUGAGAAAGAAAAGUCGCAAGAAUCGCCAAAGUAAUAUGUGACAAACAACAAACAACGAGAACAAGGACAGUAACGGAAAAAUGCAGCGAGACGAAAGCAGAGCCAUGAAAGUGAAUACUCUGUUUCGAGAGGAAAAAGACACACCUUUAAACCAGAGCGCCCUGGAGAACAGGAGACCUUAAUCGUGCGGCCUCAUUUCCAGAAGCGCAAGUCUAAUUCUUAAAUUUAAAAUAAACUUAAAUUUGGUGUAAACGUUGCCCUGAAAGUAAAACAGCUGACCAAAAUGUGCAGCGUGUGUGUGGACAGGUGGACACUCCAAACACACCUUGCACUACGGAGCAGAGGGAAAGGUCCUCACCCGUAACACUGAGCACACAGGAAAAGGUGGGGCAAAAAAUAAAAAUACAAACAUCAAUCAUCAAAAUAAAAAUGACAACAGUACGUACUCAAAACAAGGAACAAUUACUAUGCAACUUAACGACAAUAUAUUGCAAAUGGCAGAUUAAAACAAAAUUCUGAACCAUCAAAAGGCAAAAGUGUGUCUUUUUCCAUGUACACAUUUCAACACUUUGCAAAAAAAGAUAUUAUAUAUAAUAUAAUAUGUAAAAAUUAUAAAUAAAGAUAGAGUUUUGUGACCCCCCCAAACCAACCCUCCCACCCACUCAUAAUCUAAAAUCAAUGGCAGUUACAUCCGUGAGAAUAACAUGCAAUUGAUAUACUUACAGCAUUGGACUAGCUACCUACCCCAAACUACCUGCCCAGUCUACACCCCCUGCCCCAACCCAGUACAAUCCUUAAAUAUUUGUCAGCUCAUUCAAAACAAGUUGCUCUUUCCCCCUUCACUCUCUGGACUAGUUAAAGGCAAGAUACAAACCAUAAAAAGGGGGAAAGGAGGAAAAACAUUUAAACAUUGUCACUAAGUCGUUUCACUGUGUAUGAGCACAUAUAGAGGGGGCUCCCGUAAAGCAAGAUGACCCAUCCAAUGACUGCAUAGUGAAAAUGAUUUUUGGUUUACUUACAAAUGGGACCAUGAGGAACACCCAGCCGUCACACGGAGAGAAGGGACAGCGCAGAGCCUGGUGCGCACCAAGCCGCCGUACCGGCAUCCGCCGCUCGCAGCGUAAAAACGCACAUCCGAAUAGGACGGCCUUCCUGCCUAAACCUUUGUUCACACUUCUGUCUGUCGCACAAACACAAGCGCUCUCAAACUUACAUCACAUUUAUUGGUUUAGCAGGGGCUUUUCUACAAAGUGACUUCCAAUGAACUCUAU